UCAAACUAUUAUUUCAUGGGAUAGAAGCAUAGAACCAAAUUGACAACUUGAUCAAGACCUAAAGCCAAAAAGAGAAGUUUUACCCCCUUUUUUCUUCUAGAUUCUUCCUCAUAAAAGCUAAAGAACCUUAUUCUCUUUGCCUCAAAAGUUUUUUGUUUUUGAACAUUAUUUUUUAUUCUGCUUGUUGGUUGAUACUUAUGUUUAGCUAGAAUAAUAUACUACCGUAACUCUUCUCUUUCUUGUGUUCUCUUACAAAAUCUCUUCAACUUUGUGAAACUUUUUCAUAUUUUUGGGGUGUUUUAGCAGAGGAAACUAAAGUAGAGUCUUAAAGAUGGGGGCGACACUGUCGAGGUUAGUAAGGAUGAUGUUUGCAAAGAAAGAGAUGAGAAUUCUAAUGGUGGGUCUUGAUGCUGCUGGCAAAACCACAAUCUUAUACAAGCUUAAACUUGGUGAAGUUGUCACAACCAUCCCUACUAUUGGGUUUAAUGUAGAAACUGUGGAGUACAAAAAUGUCAGCUUCACCGUUUGGGAUGUUGGUGGACAAGACAAGAUCAGGCCUUUGUGGAGACACUACUUCCAGAACACUCAAGGUCUUAUCUUCGUAAUAGACAGUAAUGACAGAGAAAGAAUCAUAGAAGCCAGAGAUGAGCUCCACAGGAUGCUAAGUGAGGAUGAGCUGAGGGAUGCAACUCUUUUAGUCUUUGCUAACAAGCAAGACCUUCCAAAUGCAAUGCCUGUUGCUGAGAUCACGGAUAAACUUGGCAUCCAUUCCCUUCGUCAACGCCGCUGGUAUAUACAGUCUGCAUGUGCUACCUCUGGUGAAGGGCUCUAUGAAGGUCUAGAUUGGCUUUCAAGCAAUAUAUCUAGCAAGAUGGGGGCAACGUUGUCGAAGCUAGUGAGGAUGCUGUUAGGAAAGAAAGAGAUGUCAAUAGUGAUGGUUGGUCUUGGUGCUGCUGGGAAAACUACCAUGCUUUACAAGCUCAAGCUUGAUGAAGUUGUUACUACUACCCCUACUGUUGGGUUUAAUAUGGAAACUUUGGAGUACAAAAAUGUUCGCUUCACUGUGUGGGAUAUUGGUGGCCAAAGCCAAGUCAGGAUCAGGCCUUUGUGGAAGCACUAUUUCUGUAACACCCAAGGCCUUGUCUUCGUAGUCGACAGUAAUGAGAGGGAAAGAAUCACGGAAGCCAGAGACGAGCUUCAUCUGCUGCUAAAUCAGGAUGAACUGAAGGAUGCAGCUGUCUUAGUGUUCGCCAACAAACAAGACAUUUCUAAUGCAAUGCCUGUUGAUGAGAUAAUUGAUAAACUUGACCUCCACUCCAUUCACCAGAAUCGCUGGUAUAUACAGGCUACUUGUGCCACCUCCGGUGAAGGGGUCUAUGAAGGUCUAGAUUGGCUAAUAACCAACAACAUAUCUGAAAUUUAGAUUGUGAUUUUGCAGAUAUGAAUAGCAUUAUAUCUUCAAGUGUUGCUGAUCUAAGAAAUAUACAUGAUUAUUAAGCUCCGCUAGAUUGUUUGACCAUAUUAUGUGUUGAAAAGAUAAUGUAAAUUUGUAAUAUGGAGUUCAUUUCAAAUUCCUCAGUGUGUUGAGUGUGUUUAGGGUGACUGAUAAUGAAUAAUGCUUGUAAGAUAUAUGGUUAUGUUUGGGGACGCAUUUCAGGUGACUUAAAUGAUAAGGUGCUACAAUGUUAAGUCACCUUAUAUUAUUAGUGGUGUUUGGUGGAGGAACUUAAAUAAAAUUUAAGUCCAAAAUUUGACUGAAA